AUGCUGCGGGAUUUGCUGAUGAUCCGUGCCGAUCGCUCCCUGUACUACUACGGGGCCGAUGAGUUGUUUGCAAAGCAUCAAGACGUGGUCAAGCGGCUGACUGAUCGCACCUCUGCAUUGCUGCGCACUUUGUUGGAUGGUCUCGUGUGGAGAUCCCAGCGUACAGAAGCCAACGGCACUUUACGGCGGGUAAACUACUUCGUGAAGUAUGUGCUCGAAGAUGCGAGGGGCAAGUUCUCUCCAUCUCUGAAAAACAUCUCCGCGUCUGGGGAUCCCAGUAUCGUGUCCCACCCCCUCGUCAGCGUCGUCGUCGAACUUCUCUGGGCAGGCGUGGUGCGCCGUCAGUUCAUUGUGUCCCGUAUAUGGAACAUCUUGAACCUGAUCAUCUUCGUGAUGGGACAGGAGAUCACCCCGUCGAUGAUCGCCCACAACGGCCCCUCAAACGAGCUCUACAGCCUGCUGUUCUUCUUUCGAAUGUUCAGCUACAUCGUCGGAAUGGGUAGGCUACUCAUGCUGCAGCUCCACCGCGUUUGGAUCUGGUCCCGAGACACCAUGCGCCGCAUCAUUGCAGACAUCGACACGGAUGGCAACGGAGAGAUCGAUUACGAGGAGAUGAAGGAGGCUUUGUCGCGCUUCAAGGACACUGUGAAAGGAGAGAUCCGAAAGGCUCUGAAGGUGCUGCGCAACGACGAAGACCUCGAGGAGAUGAACUCAGACAAGAAGGACCUGGCGAACCAGGAGAAGAACACGUACAACCGAAUCAGCUUCACGGUGAUGCUGAUGCUGGUGCUUAUGAUGUUCCUGGAGCCAAUGCUACUUUGCGCGAACGAGCCGAACUGGCCGACGGAUGACUGCGCACACGUUACUCCACUCAGUAGAUAUUGGUAUUCUGUUUUUGGGAUGAUCGCCAUGGUCGUUCACUGGCUUCUGCUGAUCGACAUGACGAUCUUUUCCACGCAGCUUUCGGCAUUCUUGCUGGUUGUAGGCCACGUGCUGGGCGAGGUGAAGCAGUUCUUGAUCGCCUUGACGUUCUUGCUGCUUCUCUUCGGAAGUAGCAUCAGCAUCCUCUGCGAUCGGCGAUGUGGUGAUGAUGGGGGAGAUUUCAACGACAUGUGGAACGCGAUUAUUUCGCUGUUCUCCAUCACAGUGAGUCUCUACCAGGGAGACUUCCGCGAAAUCCAGCCUGAUCCCAUGCUCUUGAUGAUGAUCUACCUCUUUCUCUUAGUCUCCGUGGUGCUUUUGCUGAACCUGCUGAUUGCGCAGCUGAACCAGACGUACGAGUACAUCAACAAGGAUGUUCUCGGCUUCGCCCGGCUCAACCGGGCAUCGCUGGUCGUCGAUGCCAUGGCCUCAUGCCCCAAAUCGAAGUGGAAGAAGUUCCUUGCCGAUCUCAAGCUCGACGAGAAGAGGGAGUUUGAUGAAGGCGAUUUGGGCCUCCCAGGCUGCAUCCAGAGCCACGAGGCCGCAGGACUCCACCGGCAGAGCGAGGAGCAGAUCCGCCGCUAUGGAGGUUCGACGCUGCCAUCUCUGCCCUGGCCAGAG